AUGUCGCCAACACGAUUAGACGACGAAGAUCUGGAUCCACGCUACUGUGUCUCUACGCAAUCUCUCACUACGCCCAUUGCAGUCGGCGCAUUCGGGCCUACCCGCGCCGGAACGUCCGCGUUUUUCGCAUGGCCGCCCUUUGGGCCACUCCUCUUUGAUAAUGAGAGCUCCGAUGCGCGAGAUCACUGCGCCAACGAGCGGACGUUUCUCUCCUAUCUGCGACUGUCGAUGACAAUGGCCGUCGUGUCCAUUGCCAUCACCCUGUCUUUCCACGUCAAGCAUCAGCCCGGCGAGAUUGAGCGACGGAUGGCCAAGCCUCUGGGCAUCGUGUUCUGGUGUCUGUCUGUGAUGAUGCUCCUCAUAGGACUGGGGAACUACAUCCGCACAGUGAACCAGUACAGUCGACGCGUGGCCAUUGUGCAGACGGGGUUGAAGACGCAACUCAGCCUCGGCGUGCUGGCCAGUUGCAUCGUCGGCACAUGCGUCGUGCUCCUGGCGACCGCGCAGAACGAGGAGGCGGAACCUGUCAAGUGA